AUCGCGCUGGAGCGGCGGAAGGAGCGGAGCGGGACCGGGGAUCGCGAUAGCGCCGCGAUAGCUCAGCGGUAUCCCCGCGGUAGCCGCACUCGGGACUAUUGCUCUUGGAAUUUGCCUUCUUCUCCUGAGGAUUACAAUUGCACCAUGACCCUGGAGGAGCUGGUGCCUUGCGAUAGCAGCAAGAUGCAGGCGGUAAGCGAGGCGGUGGAGCGGGUGCUGGUGUCGGCUCUGCGGCAGGACCGGCUCACCGUGGGGGUCUACGAGUCGGCCAAGCUCAUGAAUGUGGACCCCGACAGCGUGGUGCUGUGCGUGCUGGCCACCGACGAGGAGGACGAAGGUGACAUCGCCCUGCAGAUCCAUUUCACGCUCAUCCAGGCGUUCUGCUGCGACAACGACAUCCACAUCCUGCGCGUGUCGGGCAUGCAGCGCCUCGCUGCCAUCCUGGGCGAGCCCGAGCCGGGCUCCGAGCCCCGGGACCUGCACUGCCUGCUGGUCACGAACCCGCACACGGACGCCUGGAAGAGUCAGGGGCUGGCCGAGGUGGCGAGUUACUGCGCCGAGAGUCGCGAUAGGAACCAGUGGGUGCCUUACGUGUGUCUGCAGGAACGCUGAGCCCAUCUCGGCCUGGACUUGAGGGAUUAAAAAAAAAAACCCAACAGAAAACAGCAGGAAAAAACAAAAAAAAAAACCCCAAAAAACCAAGGAGAAUCAGCCAGUUCCAACCCACAAUACCCAAAACCCACCGAUUUUAUUUUUCUUUUGAACCGGAGAGGAGGAAGGGGGAGCGCGGCCGCUGCGGUGGGAACGGAGGGAGCCGUGCCAGGCCCGGAGGGGGAUGGACACUGGUCGGAGAGAGAUGGACACUGGUCGGAGAGAGAUGGACACUGGCCGGAGCCCGGGGAGAGAUGGACACUGGCCGGAGCCCCGAGGGACAGACACUGGCCGGAGCUGCCGGCCGAGGAGUCGAGCUGGACCGUGGGCCGGAGCUGGAGACUCAGGAUUUUUGGCAGCUGGGACCCGAAGGAGGCGAGGAUUGCAGAGGGCUGGAUUUUUAAUUUUUUUUGUUGUUGUUGUUCUUGCAAAAAAACUGCUUUUCGAAGAAGUUCUCGACGUCUGCACAGAUGGACCUGCACCCCCCGGGUGCUGCUUUUGCACUUGGAGACCCUGAGCUGAACCUUUUAACAGAGUUUAUUCUUCUACCGAGCGAGGAGCUAAAUUUAUUUGCAAUAAAAUGUCUGACGUGA